UCGUUCGUAAGUGGAGCGAGACCCCCUGACACACACGAGGCAACCGACCACACCGCAGCCUUCGCUGUGAGAUAGCUGCUCUUGAAACGCCGCCCCAAGGGAGGGAUUCUUAGGUAGAGGUGGCAGAGAAGGAGGCGCUGAAAGGGCAAAAAGAAGGGUUGAGCUCAAAUCCACGUGACUAUUAUCGGUAUUAUCAACCCCUUCGACGUGAUAAAUACCGUCGGGCUUUGCUGAAAAACCUGGGUAUCCUACGUGGAUGCGGGUGGAUCCUACGUGGCGCUGUAGAGAUCCAUCACCCUGAUCCUUCUGCGAAGGAGGAUUAUUAUUACGUUAGUAAUUCCGUAAUGUAGUCUAAUCAAUGUCGCGUAAAAGAGAAGCAGAGCAAGGUAGAUGUUUGUCUGAGCGGGUGUUCUGGCCGGCGGGCUUUGAACCGUGGUCGAGAAAAACCGAAGUACAGCUAGAAGGAAGUGAAUGCAAAAAUACCCUUGACUGGGGCGGUGAAUGACUCUCUCCCGCGUACCUGCGAACCGAUUUUCUCAUGCUGCGUACCCAUUGAUUGGUAGGGAGGCGGGAAUGCUUACCAACAAGAGAAAAGUAAAGUUUAAGGGGGGAAGGAGGAGAUAUUGCAGAGGCGGCGAUGGGUCCCAUAGUGCCGUGGCCGACGAAGAUCGUUGUGGUGGCGGAGAAGAUCAAUCUUGAUUGAGUGAUUGGGCUUGAGAGGGAUUGCUCUAGGAACAACAUGUGCUGCGAGGAGAGGAAGGAAGGGGAGGGGAGGCGGGAAGCAGGGCAACUUUCGCCAACUCUUCAUCUUCGUUCAAUGCGAGGCCCCACCUAUCAACGGCUACCAAACUGUCGACGAAGCAGACCGAGGGGAGAGUAGGGGUUUGAGGGAGGCGGCUGUUAUCGGGGGAGGAAAAGGAUCGGAAACUGUAGAAACGGAGGGUUCGGGGGGGACCGAUCGUCAUCGGAUAGGAUCCGGAAGAGGUGGCAUACGGCGUCCAGGUCAGCAAAUUGCUUAUUUUUUUUGUCGAAACGCGGCUUCGCUCUCCUCUGUCGCUUACCGGCAGGGAUGUAGGUAAACAAUCGAGAGGGAUAUUGGUUUGACCCAUGAAUCUGACUGGCUGAUUUAGUGACGGAUUGGUUGGAGAGGGUGGGGGGGAAGCGGGGGGAAUAAUAAGUAAGCCAGUCUUUAUGGGGCCUUUUGCCAGGAAAGCCGCCGCCAUCGCCGCGCGAUGGCACAGAUGUCGAGGAGGAAUGAAUGAACCGCCGUGGGCUAAUGGCAGCAGCAGCUUGUUCGCGCGCCGAUGCUUUCCCCCUUCUCUUCAUCACUUGAUUUCCUCCUCUCCCUCCUCCUCCACCUGGUUUUGUCCAGGAGUCUCUGGCUUGCUCACGUCAUCAUCGGUUUCAUCUGCGCGAGCAGCGGCUGCUGCGGGGCCGUCACCCAAGUCCGGGUCGGCAAUGUGGAGCUGGGAUGGUGGGCGCUGCGGACCAAUUUUGUUGUUAUUGCUAAUGCGGAGAUACUUGGCGAUGGAUGCCGUGGCUGCGGCCACAUUCCCUUUGCUGUCGGAAGAUCUGUCGGCGGACUUGUCGGGCGGUCAUCCCGCUGAAGGCGACGCAUCGCGGGGGACUUCUUCGCAGCCGCAGCCCAUCGGCACCAACGCGUCCUGCUUUUUACCACUACCAUCGACGGCGGCGAUGGCCACGGAGGAGGAGGAGGAGGAGGAGAGGGGGAAGAAGGACGAGGAAGCUGAGAAGGAGGAGGUGGAGGAGGAGGAGGACGACGUGAUUGAUGCCAAGUUGCGAUCGGGAGCGGGGAAGAACCUUGUGAAGAAACUCCGGCGCCGCGGAUUGAUCCCAAGCAUCGUGUUUGAGCAGGAAGGAGCCGAGCAUGGCGGCAACAAAGAACUCAUAGCCGUGGAUACCAAACUCAUUCAGCGGUUAUUAAAACGCCAUGGGCUUUCUCUUUUUAUGUCCAGAACGUACGACCUCAGAAUUACCAGGGAAACUGUACCCUCUAUGUCUCUGAUAGCAGAAGGGGGAUCGCUGCCAGCGGAGACCGCAGAGACAGAAGCAGCGGCCGUCACUGUCGAGAGGGUGCUGCCGAAACUGGCGAAGUUAAAGAUAAUAGCAGAGGAGCAGGCAGCGAAGAAGAAAAAACUGGAGGAGGAGAUGAGGAGAGUACAACAGGAGGAGGAAGAGAAGAUGAGAGCUGCAAUAGAAGAGGAAGAGAUAGAGGAGGAGGAACAACUAGAAGAAGAAGAACAGACCCUCGAAAGGAGGCGUAUGGGAGAAAGAGGAGAAGGCAGUAACACGAAGGAGGAUGACCCGUGGAUGGAGAAGAAGAUAAGUGAAUGGGUGGCUAAUUUAUCUUUGGGAGAAGAUGAGGAGGCGAUGCUGUAUGUGCCUCAGGAAGAAAAGGAAGCAGCAGCAAGGGAGAUCGAAGCAGCGAGUGAUUCCCCUGGAAUGCCAGACCAUAGAAAAUGAGAAGAAAUUGGAACGGAAGUUACGUCCGGCGAGAGAGAAGAAGAGGAGGAUGGAGGAGGCUAACCGGAUGGCCAGAGAGGUGGAGAGUCUACAGUCAUGUAGGCAAGAGGCGCCAUUGAAGGCGCCAAAGUAGUUGCCGUUUCAGAGAGUGAGAGCCGACCCUCGUUGUGCAGCAGGGUCCGGCGGUCAACGGGGCUGUCACCCUCUUCGGCGUCCCCUUCCAGGGAACCUGCACACGGCCCGCUGCAGAGGUUGCCUCUCAAGACUACAAUUCAGGGAGCAGCACAGCCCCCGGAUUUUCAGUCUGGGCUAUUCCCGGUUCGCUCGCCGCUACCAAGGGAAUCCUCGUUGGCUUCUCUUCCUCCGCUUAGUUAUAUGCUUAAAUUGGGCGGGUGCUCCCGCCCGACCUGAGAUCAAAAGGCAAGGCCCGACGUACCUCCACAGCUCGAGGCCGACACCCCCAACCGCAAGCCCACCUCAAGCUGAUGGGAGCGAACGGAAGGCGGCGACCACACAAACCGGAGGGACGACCUUACGUGCCGUUUUCAGGGAAACGAAGACCACCACCCACAAACGGGUGCUGAAGGGCAACAACAGGGCGGAGCGAAACGCACCACUCU